GGGUAAAAUUGUCAACCCAAAUUUCUGACCCAAGGUUUCAACUACACAUAUAUAUAAGGCAUCGUCAAAACCCUAGAAUUCAGAUUCCAGCAUUCUCUUCGCUGCACUUCCUCAAAGUUUCUCAUCGUCUCCCGGCGCCGCGUUCUUUGGAUCGAAGAUGGUUCUCUCAAACGAUUACGAUUUGCUCAACCCCCCGGCGGAGCUUGAGAAGAAGAAGCACAAGCUCAAGCGUCUUGUCCAAUCACCGAAUUCCUUCUUCAUGGACGUCAAGUGUCAGGGUUGCUUUAACAUUACCACUGUCUUCAGCCAUUCUCAAACAGUUGUGGUGUGCGGCAACUGCCAGACGGUGCUGUGUCAACCCACAGGCGGUCGGGCUAGACUCACCGAGGGAUGCUCCUUCAGGAAAAAGGGUGACUGAUGGGCAUGGUGAUUUUCACUUCUGCCUGCAUUCUUGUGAUAGUCAGAUGAUAGUCUAGAUGUUCCCUAGUGAGAAUGUGGGCCUUGUGUUUUUGAGUUGGAAUUUUGAGUAUUUUGGUUUCUAAUAUAUAGACAAGUUUAAGAAGUGACUGAAAAUGUUAUGCUACUACGUUUAAUUUUGGAAAUGAGAAUGUUAAUUUUAAGGAUA